AUGGCUUCAUCAUGUCCUGAAAGCAGCAUCAGAUUUGUAGAUAGCCAACUUAUCCCGAGUAUUGUGUAUGAACGAAUGAAUAGCACGCCUAUUGUUACAGCAGCGUCAUCAAGAGCUGCUACUCCAUCUAUACUUGGAAUUACACCAGGAACUCACCAAGAUAACAAACAUAAAUAUUCUCGCAUUCUAUCAACACCAACACCACUUUGCACAACUGAGCUUCCUCUCCCACAAAAGCCAACAGUUCGACUAUCAUCGAAUCUGCAUCGUGGGGUGAAUAUAUGCUGUAAUGCUCCCACUAAAGGCGUUGGAGUUCGUGUAGAACGAUGGACUCCACAAUGUGCUGCACUAUCUUGUGAAAGGACUAAUAACCGUAACGCUCAAUGCGAUGGAUUCAUGGACUAUUCUGGUCGUGGCGAGUCUUUCGAGACUCAUCAACCAGACCUAUUUUCAGGUGUAAUGGUCAUCAGGUCAAAUACUUUGGCGACCAUAUCAAGACAAACUGAAGCUUCUUAUCAACAUGAAUCGUCUAGUAGAAAUGCUUGUUUAAAUCGACACCAUCGACGUUGUGUAUCCGAGCCAUUUGCGUCAGGAUUGAGAGCUUUCUCGCCAAAACCAGAUAACAGACUGGCUCAACAAGAUGCUGCAAUAUCAGCAGAAACAGAAAUUUUAAAACAAAGUCAGUUGAUGGCCUAUAAGCAUCAAAAGAAACGGGAUUUUCGAUAUGCUCUGAAAUGUAGACUGCUAGAAAGCGCAUAUUGUCAAAAAGAAGCAUUUAAAAAAGUGCUGGAGAACACCAAUGCUGAAGCCAUUGAGAAACAUGCUGGAUACCUUGGUCAUUCCCGAAUAGAAAAGCGACAGGAGCUUAAGCAAAUGCAGAACAAUUUGCCACGUACACUUUCCAAUGAGAGUCUUGCUAUAAAGGAUCUCCCAGUCACUCGGUCCUAUACUGUCUACCCACAAGAGAAAUUUCACUUUCAUCAGCAACAUUUUCACAGCAAAGAUUUGGAUAGGUUCAGUGAUAUAUUACCAAAAUCACGCAAUGAUAAGGAUCUGGAAAAAGAGCUUCGGCUAGGUUAUAGAACUGGGCAUUUGGAUGAAAUUAAACGAAAGCACUUUGGAAAGGUGUACGAGGCUACUCGUAAACAUUAUAUGGAUUUAGAGCGAAAAAAAUGUCUUGAUGCAUUGCAAAUCAAACAAGCUAAACAAAAAACUGCAGGCGAUAAAUGCAAAAAAACCCCAACAUCUCAAGAAAGAGAUCCCACCAAGGAUCUCAAGCAAUUAGAAGGAUCAUCAAAUAAAAAAAUCAAUUCUACAAAGCAGGCCGGUUUCAUGCGUUCAAAGACUGCAAAAUCAACUAUACAAGGGCCAAGCUCAACCAAGCAAUAUAUUCCAGAGCGUUAUACAAAGUGA